AUGUGGAAAACUUUGGGGAGAGUUGAACAACUGCUUCCAUAUGCCAGCCUCAUUUUGCGUAAUCGAGAAGUUUUGUUCAGAGAACCGAAGCGAGGAAUUGACGAGUAUCUGGAAAACGAUUCUUUUUUUCAAAUGAUACCUGUUAAAUAUCGUGAAAUUGUGCUGCCCAAGUUGAGAAGAGAUACUAACAAAAUGACCGCGGCUCUUAAAAAUAAAGUCGCUGUUGCAAUUGACGAGCUUACGGUGCCACUUAUGUGGAUGAUCCAUUUUGCCGUAGGAUACCCUUACCGUUAUCCAGAGCUUCAGCUACUCGCUUUUGCCGGUCCUCAGCGCAACGUAUACGUCGAUGAUACAACAAGACGCAUCCAACUGUACACUGAUUACAACAAGAACGGUUCAUCGGAGCCUCGACUAAAGACGCUUGACGGACUCACUUCAGAUUACGUGUUUUAUUUUGUCACUGUGCUAAGGCAAAUGCAAAUAUGUGCGCUUGGUAACAGUUAUGACGCUUUUAAUCAUGAUCCUUGGAUGGAUGUGGUGGGAUUUGAGGAUCCAGAUCAAGUAACAAAUCGAGACAUUUCGAGGAUAGUUUUGUAUUCCUACAUGUUUCUGAAUACCGCGAAGGGCUGUCUGGUUGAAUACGCAACUUUUCGGCAGUACAUGAGGGAACUUCCGAAGAAUGCACCUCAGAAGCUGAAUUUUCGGGAGAUGCGUCAGGGGUUGAUUGCCCUAGGACGGCACUGCGUAGGUAGCAGAUUUGAAACAGAUUUGUACGAGUCGGCGACGAGUGAACUCAUGGCCAAUCAUUCCGUUCAAACAGGGCGAAAUAUUUACGGUGUGGAUUCCUUUUCGUUAACUAGUGUCAGUGGGACGACCGCCACUUUAUUGCAGGAACGAGCUUCCGAGCGCUGGAUUCAAUGGUUAGGCCUUGAAAGCGACUACCAUUGUUCAUUCUCUAGUACUCGGAAUGCGGAAGACGUAGUGGCAGGUGAGGCGGCGAGUUCAGAUCAUCAUCAAAAAAUUUCAAGAGUAACGCGAAAAAGGCCCCGAGAGCCCAAGAGUACAAACGAUAUCCUCGUCGCAGGCCGGAAACUCUUUGGCAGCUCCUUUGAAUUCAGGGACUUGCAUCAGUUGCGCUUAUGUCAUGAAAUAUACAUGGCAGACACACCCUCUGUGGCAGUACAGGCCCCACCGGGCUAUGGUAAGACGGAGUUAUUUCAUCUCCCCUUGAUAGCACUGGCGUCUAAGGGCGACGUGAAAUAUGUGUCGUUUCUGUUUGUACCGUACACAGUGUUGCUUGCUAAUUGCAUGAUCAGGUUGAGCCGAUGCGGUUGCUUGAAUGUGGCCCCUGUAAGAAACUUUAUUGAAGAAGGUUGCGAUGGCGUUACUGAUUUAUACGUGGGGAUCUACGAUGAUCUUGCUAGCACUAAUUUCACAGACAGGAUAGCUGCGUGGGAGAAUAUUGUUGAGUGCACCUUUAGGACCAACAACGUAAAAUUGGGUUACCUCAUUGUAGAUGAGUUUCACAACUUUGAAACGGAGGUCUACCGGCAGUCGCAAUUUGGGGGCAUAACUAACCUUGAUUUUGACGCUUUUGAGAAAGCAAUCUUUUUGAGCGGCACAGCACCUGAGGCUGUAGCUGAUGCUGCGUUGCAGCGUAUUGGGCUUACGGGACUGGCCAAGAAGUCGAUGGACAUCAACGAGCUCAAACGGUCGGAAGAUCUCAGCAGAGGUCUAUCCAGCUAUCCAACACGGAUGUUUAAUCUAAUCAAGGAGAAAUCCGAGGUGCCUUUAGGGCAUGUUCAUAAAAUUUGGAAGAAAGUGGAAUCACAGCCCGAAGAAGCACUGAAGCUUCUUUUAGCCCUCUUUGAAAUUGAACCAGAGUCGAAGGCCAUUGUAGUUGCAAGCACAACCAACGAAGUGGAAGAAUUGGCCUGCUCUUGGAGAAAGUAUUUUAGGGUGGUAUGGAUACACGGGAAGCUGGGUGCUGCAGAAAAGGUGUCUCGCACAAAGGAGUUUGUCACUGACGGUAGCAUGCGAGUUCUCAUCGGAACGAAAUUAGUGACUGAAGGAAUUGACAUUAAGCAAUUGAUGAUGGUGAUCAUGCUUGAUAAUAGACUUAAUAUUAUUGAGCUCAUUCAAGGCGUAGGGAGACUAAGAGAUGGGGGCCUCUGUUAUCUAUUAUCUAGAAAAAACAGUUGGGCGGCAAGGAAUCGUAAGGGUGAAUUACCACCGAUUAAGGAAGGCUGUAUAACCGAACAGGUACGCGAGUUCUAUGGACUUGAAUCAAAGAAAGGAAAAAAGGGCCAGCAUGUUGGAUGCUGUGGCUCCAGGACAGACCUGUCUGCUGACACAGUGGAACUGAUAGAAAGAAUGGACAGAUUGGCUGAAAAACAGGCGACAGCUUCCAUGUCGAUCAUUGCGUUACCGUCUAGCUUCCAGGAGAGCAAUAGCAGUGACAGGUGCAGAAAGUAUUGCAGCAGUGAUGAGGACAGCGACACGUGCAUUCAUGGUAGUGCUAAUGCCAGUACCAAUGCGACUACCAACUCCAGCACUAAUGCUACUACCACUGCCAGCACCAACGUCAGGACUAGUGCUACUACCACUGCCAGCAUCAACGUCAGGACUAGUGCGAUUACCACUGAAAGUACCAACUCCAGCACUAAUGCUACUACCACUGCCAGCACCAACGUCAGGACUAGUGCUACUACCACUGCCAGCAUCAACGUCAGGACUAGUGCGACUACCACUGAAAGUACCAACUCCAACACUAGUGCUACUACCACCGAAAGUACCGACUCCAACACUAGUGCUACUACCACCGAAAGUACCGACUCCAACACUAGUGCUACUACCACUGCUAGCACCAACUCCAGCACUAAUGCCACUACCACUGCUAGCACCAACUCCAGCACUAAUGCCACUACCACUGAAAGUACCAACGCUAGUGCCAAGGAGGACGCCAAUAAAGAUGGCAAUGCUGAGGAUAAUAGAUUCCAUCCAGUCACCGACAUUAACAAAGAGUCGUAUAAGCGGAAAGGGAGUCAAAUGGUUUUGCUAGAGAGAAAGAAACUGAAAGCACAAUUUCCCAAUACUUCCGAGAAUAUGAAUGUCUUACAGUUUCUUGGAUUUCGGUCUGACGAAAUUAAACAUCUUUUCCUCUAUGGUAUUGACGUAUACUUCUGCCCAGAGGGAGUAUUCACACAAUACGGAUUAUGCAAGGGCUGUCAAAAGAUGUUCGAGCUCUGUGUCUGUUGGGCUGGCCAGAAAGUAUCGUAUCGGAGGAUGGCUUGGGAAGCACUAGCUGUGGAGAGAAUGCUGCGAAAUGACGAGGAAUACAAAGAAUACUUGGAAGACAUCGAGCCAUAUCAUGGGGACCCUGUAGGAUAUUUGAAAUAUUUUAGCGUAAAAAGGGGAGAGAUCUACUCUCAGAUACAGAGAAAUUAUGCUUGGUACCUGGCCAUUACUAGAAGAAGAGAAACAAUUAGUGUAUUGGAUUCGACAAGAGGCAAGCAAGGGAGCCAAGUUUUCCGCAUGUCUGGAAGGCAGAUCAAAGAGUUGUAUUAUAAAGUAUGGAGCAACUUGCGUGAAUCGAAGACAGAGGUGCUGCAGUACUUUUUGAACUGGGACGAGAAAAAGUGCCGGGAAGAAUGGGAGGCAAAAGACGAUACGGUCUUUGUGGAAGCGCUCGAGAAAGUUGGAGUUUUUCAGCGUUUGCGUUCCAUGACGAGCGCUGGACUGCAGGGUCCGCAGUACGUCAAGCUGCAGUUUAGCAGGCAUCAUCGACAGUUGAGGAGCAGAUAUGAAUUAAGUCUAGGAAUGCACUUGCGAGAUCAGCUUGCGCUGGGAGUUACCCCAUCUAAAGUGCCGCAUUGGACGGCAUUCCUGUCGAUGCUGAUAGGGCUGUUCUACAAUAAAACAUUUCGGCAGAAACUGGAAUAUCUUUUGGAGCAGAUUUCGGAGGUGUGGUUGUUACCACAUUGGCUUGAUUUGGCAAACGUUGAAGUUCUCGCUGCAGAUAACACGAGGGUACCGCUGUACAUGCUGAUGGUAGCGGUUCACAAAGAGCUGGAUAGCGAUGAUGUUCCAGACGGUAGAUUUGAUAUAAUAUUACUAUGUAGAGAUUCGAGCAGAGAAGUUGGAGAGUGA